GAGGUCGGUGCGUCAGCGGGUCACGUGACUCCCCCUCCCUGCAGCAGCUGUAGCUGCAGAGACGGAGCUGCUGCUGAUGUUGGAGGAGCUGCAGGUCUAACCGGCUCAGGUUGUUGUCGCACAGAAACCAGAACCUGGUGCAUCGGCAGCCCCCCCAAGGUCCCAGCUGGUCCCCCCAGGUCCCGACAGGUCCCGGCAGGUCCCAGUAGAUCCCGGCAGGUCCCGGCAGGUCCCCCCAAGUCCUCCAGGUCCCUCCAGGUCCCCCCAGGUCCCAGCAGGUCCCGGCAGGUCCCGGCAGAUCCUGGCAGGUUCCAGCAGGUCCCAGCAGGUCCCGGCAGAUCCCGGCAGGUCCCGGCAGAUCCCGGCAGGUCCCCCCAGGUCCUCCAGGUCCCGGCAGCACCAUGGCCGAGGGCCAGGGACCCGGGACUAGGACCGGCAGCUCUUCAGACGCCCCCCCCAAAGAGAGCAUGCAGCUGAAGAAGGAGAUCUCUCUGCUCAACGGCGUCAGCCUGAUCGUGGGCAACAUGAUCGGCUCGGGCAUCUUCGUGUCCCCGAAGGGCGUGCUGCUCUACAGCUCCUCCUACGGGCUGUCGCUGGUCAUCUGGGCCGUCGGCGGCCUGUUUUCGGUGGCCGGGGCCCUCUGCUACGCCGAGCUGGGCACCACCAUCACCAAGUCCGGGGCGUCCUACGCCUACAUCCUGGAGUCCUUCGGCGGCCUCGUGGCCUUCGUCCGCCUCUGGACGUCGCUGCUGAUCGUGGAGCCCACCGGCCAGGCCGUCAUCGCCAUCACCUUCGCCAACUACCUGGUGCAGCCGCUAUUCCCCACCUGCGAGCCGCCGUACGCCGCUAGCAGGCUGCUAGCCGCCGCCUGCAUAUGUUUGCUGACUUUCGUGAACUCGGCCUACGUGAAGUGGGGAACCCGCGUCCAGGACGUCUCCACCUACGCCAAGGUGGCCGCUCUCAUCGUCAUCAUCGUCACCGGCAUCGUCAAGCUGUGCCAGGGCUACACGGAGAACUUUGAGUGGUCGUUCCGCGGCUCGUCCACCGACCCCGGGGACAUCGCCCUGGCUCUGUACUCGGCCCUCUUCUCCUACUCCGGCUGGGACACGCUCAACUUCGUCACGGAGGAGAUCAAGAACCCGGAAAGGAACCUCCCCCUGGCCAUCGCCAUCUCCAUGCCCAUCGUCACCAUCAUCUACAUCCUCACCAACGUGGCCUACUACGCCGUCCUGGACGCCGGGGCCAUUCUGGCCAGCGACGCCGUGGCAGUGACGUUUGCAGACCACACCCUGGGCGUGAUGGGCUGGAUCAUCCCGUUGGCCGUGGCUCUGUCCUGCUACGGAGGGCUCAACGCCUCCAUCAUCGCCGCGUCCAGGUUGUUCUUCGUGGGCUCCCGCGAGGGUCACCUGCCCGACGCCUUGUCCAUGAUCCACAUCCAGAGGUUCACGCCCAUCCCGGCUCUGAUCUUCAACUGCAUCAUGUCUUUGAUCUACCUGACGGUGGACGACGUCUUCCAGCUCAUCAACUACUACAGUUUCAGCUACUGGUUCUUCAUGGGUUUGUCCGUCGCCGGCCAGAUCUACCUGCGCUGGACGCAGCCGGACCGGCCCCGCCCCCUCAAGCUGUCCCUGCUGUACCCGGUCGUGUUCUGCCUGUGCGCCGUGUUCCUGGUGUCGGUUCCGCUCUACUGCGACACCCUCAACUCCUUGAUCGGCAUCAGCAUCGCACUGUCCGGCGUCCCUGUCUACUUCCUGGGGGUUCACCUGCCCGAGUCCCGGCGGCCGCCCGUCAUCACCAAGCUGCUGCGUGCUCUGACCAACUUCACCCAGUUCACCUGCUUCUGCGUGCUGACGGAGCUGGACCCCAGCUAGCGGUUCUGCAGGACCUGCAGGGACCCGGAUCUCUGAAGCCGGACUCCGUCCUGCUGGACUAGUUUCCAGCUCUGAAACUGAUCCAUCCUGGCCGUUUUACUGCGUAUUAUAUUUAUUCACCUGACGACGACUGCCUUCCUCCCAACGAUGUGCCUCAGAGGUCGCCGGUGCCGUGACCCCUUGACCCUGGUACCCCAGGGGAGAAAAGUGGAGAAAAGAGGGAUGUUUUUCUUCUUUCUCUCAGUUUGCAGUGUGAAGGUUGUCACUUUAUUCAUGUUAUUCUAGCUUGAUUUUGUCAUAACUUUAGUUUCCGUUGAUAUUGAAUGAAUUCUGAAUGUUUUAAUAUUGUUCAUGUAAGAGAUUGUGGAGCAUUUGCACGUUGUUGAAUAUUAAA